AUGAGUUUGGAUAAGAAGAGAGAGCAUAAAGACAUUAUGUCUGAAGCAAGUACUUCAAGUAAUGAAUCCAUUCACAAUUUGCCCCCUGGAAUCAGUGAGGCCACAGCGACAUCUUACCCCUGCAAGAGGAAGGGAGAAAGAUCAAAAUCUUCAGAACCCAGCAGUGUGUCUGUGAAGAGUGAUAAUUCCAUGAAGAUUUGGCCCGCUGCAUUCAGUGAUGAACCAGUGACCUCUGACCCUUUAGGAGAAAUACAUGAGACAUCCCACUUUCAGAACCAUGUCAGGCAAGACAAAACUGAAGCAGUCCUAAAGACAAAAGCACUGGAGACUAGUAAUAUGCAGAGAGUGAAAAACCAGCACAAAAUCAGCAUGAAGAAAAAGUAUGAGAUAUUAUUUGAGGGACACAAACUCCAACAAAAUCAAACUCUCUUGAACAAGAUCUAUGCACAGCUCUAUAUCAUUGAAGGAGUGAGUGAAGGAGUGAAUAAAGAACAUGAGGUUUUACAGAUGGAGAAAACAGCCAGAGCAAAACACUCAAAAGAGACUCCGAUUGUCACGGUCGCGUUUACGCGGGACGAACUGAUGAAGGGCAAUGUGAUGUUCUAUGAGGAGGACCUGAUUGAGAGCGUUAUAGACGUCAUUGAUGCCUCAGUGUUUUCUGGGAUUUGUACUGAGAUCUUUAAGGAGGAGUCUGUGAUUAAUCAGAGAAAGAGGCUGUUCUAUGAUGAGUUCCCUCACUUAUGCUGGAUUGCCACUUUGACUGUAGUGACUCUGAUGGUGUUAAUCAGAAUUAUAUACUCUCUGAGACCCUCUGAUAAGUGCUAUGCUAAAGCAGCAGUGGCAUCGGAUGCCGGGACUUGCUCUGAGAUUGGGAGGGACAUCUUGGGGCGUAAAGGUUCAGUAGUUGAUGCUGCUAUCGCUACUAUGCUGUGUGUGAGCCUGGUUAAUGCUCAAAGCAUGGGCAUCGGCGGAGGAGCAGUUUUCACUAUAUAUAAUGCAUCAACAGGAAAGGUAGAGACAAUUAAUGCAAGAGAAACUGCUCCACUGAGUGCGUCACAGGACAUGUUUGGAGAACAUCCAGAGAAUGCAAAAGCAGGAUUAUUUAUAGGUACACCAGGACUGCUGCGUGGGAUUGAGUUAGCACACAAAAGACAUGGGAGACUGAAAUGGAAGGAGCUGUUUGAGCCCAGUAUAAAGCUGGCACGAAAGGGAUUUCAGAUUGGCAAGGCCUUAUCCUUAGCCAUUAAUGAGACUAGUGGCACAAUUCUGAAUAAUGCAGCAUUGUGUCUUUUUUGUGGCUCGGACAACAAAAGAAUCUUAAGGGAAAAGGAUACAAUAAGAUUUCUCCAACUAGCUCACACUUAUGAGAAGAUAGCAGAAGAAGGACCAGAUGCAUUUUACGAAGGGUCACUGACUCAGGAUAUACUGAAUGAUAUCAAGGCUGCAGGAGGGAUAAUAACGCGUGAGGACCUGAUGAAUUAUAAGGCAGAGCUGAAUGAGUAUGCAUUAAACUUCACUGUGGGGAAUUACACAUUUCAUGUUCCUGAUGCUCCAUUCGGUGGACCUGUGCUCGCUCUGAUACUCAACAUACUCAAAGGUUACAACAUCUCAAAAAGCAGUGUUUCCACAACAAAGAACAAGACUUUGACCUAUCAUCGCAUGAUAGAGGCUUUCCGCCCGCUGAUGUCCAAAAGUAAACUAGGAGACCCACUGCAUGAAGACCUCACUGAGAUUGUCAAAGAUAUGACCUCUGAGAGCCUUGCAAACAAGAUCAGGAGUAAGAUCAAAGAUGACAUCAAACAAAUCAGCUACUUUGAGCAGGAGGACAGCGAUGGUGUACCCUUUGAUCAUGGCACGUCUCACCUGUCUGUCCUUGCUGAAGAUGGGAGUGCAGUGGCCGUCACCAGCAGUAUCAAUAACUAUUUUGGUUCUGGAGUGAUGUCAGACUCAACAGGCAUUAUAUUUAAUGACCAAAUGUGGGAUUUCAUUGAUCCUGAGAUGAUAAGUGGACCUGGCCCAAACAACUUAAUUAAACCAGGUAAAAGGCCACUUUCGUCAAUGUGUCCCACAAUCAUAGUGGACAAACACAACGGAAAGGUCAAAAUGGCGGUCGGAGGAGCAGGUGGAACCAAUAUCACCACAUCAGUUGCUCAGGUGAUCCUGAACUAUCUUUUCUUUGGCUAUGACCUGCAGAAAGCUGUUGAAGAGCCCAGAGUUCAGAUCACAAUAAAUGAGACAAAUGUCGAAAAAGACUUUGAUAAGAGUGUAAUUGAUGGGCUGAGGCUGAAGAAUCAUAUUAUAUAUCACAAUACUGCAUUAUCAGUGGUCCAGGCAAUUGGACGAGAGGGGGACAAAAUCUGUGCUGAAUCUGACCACAGGAAUUACGGCUAUCCCGCUGGAUACUGAUGCUGCUGUUGUCUAAUGCAGCAAAAGAAAAACCUCCAAAAUAGUGUUUCGGGUGUUUCAUGGUGUUUCU